CAAAGCAUCAAAAACAUCAAAAACACAUUAAACAAACAAACAAAGAACCCCAAAAAAAAAAAAAAAAACAGUUGAUAUCUCCUCACCUUUUCUCACCUCCGCCACCAACGGCUUGGAUCGUUUCCGAUUAUCAUUUCCAAUCUUUUGAACGGUCAAGAUCGUUAAUUUUCUCCGAUGGCAGAGUUUGAAAAUAGCGUGGAAUUCUCGGGCAAAUCGAAGCCAUCCGCAACUGGUUCUUUCUUCUUCAACCGUUCUCUCACUUUAAACCCAUCCAUCACCGCCGCCGCCGAUUCCUCUCCGAAAUCCCAUCACCAAACCGGCCUAGACCGGUCCGGUUCGGGCUCGUUCAACAAGUUCUACUCCUCCUUCGAAUCGGUCCGGUCCGCCAGCAAUUCCUUCAAGGGAAAGGUCAAGAAGCUCUGCAGCUUCUUCGAAGCCCCGAAAAGCAUCGAAGAGUCGCAAACCCAUUUGCCAAGUAAGCUCAAACCGGGCCAAAAACAACCCGACUCGGAGUUUCGGGUUUCUUCGCUCUCGCCCGAUAUUUCGUGUCCGAUUCGUUUGCCCGGCACCGGGGACAGAAUCGUCGUGUAUUUCACUAGCUUGCGCGGGAUUCGGCGGACCUACGAGGAUUGCUACUCGGUGAGGAUGAUAUUUCGGGGGUUUCGGGUUUGGGUCGACGAGCGAGACGUGUCGCUCGACUCGGCGUACAAGAAGGAACUGCAAAGCGUGUUAUCGGGCGAGACCAACGGCAACAAGAACAGCAAGAACCACAGCAAUCUGGUGACCCUGCCGCAGGUUUUCAUCAGAGGGAAGCAUAUCGGUGGGGCCGAGACGGUCAAGCACUUGUUCGAAACCGGCGAGCUGGCGAAACUGCUCGAAGGGUUUCCGGUUCAGAAACUCGGGUUCAGUUUCGGCUGCGACAGCUGCGGCGAUGUCCGGUUCGCGCCGUGCACGAACUGCAAUGGGAGUAGGAAGGUGUUUGAUGAAGAAGAAGACAGAGUCCAGAGAUGCUUGGAAUGCAAUGAAAAUGGUUUGAUUCGGUGCCCGGAUUGUAGUUCUUGAAAAAAAUUGUGAAAAAUUUGGAUUUGGAGUUGCAUUGUUGUUGAUAAAUAAAUGUGAAGAAGAAGAAAAGGAAAAAAAAAAAAAAAUUGGAACUGUGAUUUGAUAGUUUGGUGUUUGGAAAAUGGGUGAUAGUUUGUAGAGUUUUUGAGUUCAAAAAUCUAUUUUGGAUUCAAAAGUUUGGUCACAUCAUCAGUUUUUUGGGGGACUGGUGUUCAAUGACUCUCUGAACAGGGUAAUGUUCAUGUCAAAAUGCAAAAAGAAAAAUAGGGGUUUUGGGUGUUUUUGCUUUUUAUCUUGAGUGAGUGCAAUUCAUAUAGGGGAGUUAGGGUGUUCGCCUAUAUGGGAUGUAAAUAUUCUUUAGAUGUUGUUAUUAUUAUUGUUUACCAACAGGGUUUGCAAAUGUUGUUGAAUGUUGUAAUUUGUAACGAGACUGGGCUUAUUUUUAUGCCCAGAGACUUGUGUUCUUGAAUAUUAUAUGGUUUGUGGCAGUAAUUUAGUAUAUGUAUAAUUUUAA